GCAGCUCUCUUCCUGUAAAAGAAUCACGACGUGUCGAGCUCAGUACAGCUGACUGAUGCACGCUGGAAACACGGCUGUAGUCAGUUCAGGGUGUGGUUUGUUGUCGGAGGGACGCUCUGCUCCACUUUCAUUGGGAGGCGUGGCUCAGGUGAGCGUUCGCUGGCAGGUGCACCCGUAACGUCAGCAGGCAGUGCAAACUGACAGGUAAACGAAAUAGAGGGAAAGAGAUUUACCAACACAAGCAGAACAUAAGGUCUAAAACCCCGACUUGUGAUUGAUUUAGCAGACUGAAGAACCCCUAACUUUAUCUAAAAUGGGGAAAAAGAAAGAAAACGACAGUUCCGAUCCUUACGGAGAACCUGCUAAACAUGACCCAACUUUCAAUGGACCCCUCAAAAACAGGAGCUGCACUGAUGUUAUUUGCUGCAUCUUUUUCAUGGUUUUCAUUGGUGGAUACCUGGUGGUGGGAGUUCUGGCCUGGCUGUACGGGGACCCCAGGCAGGUUAUUUACCCUCGAAACUCGACCGGAGUUUUCUGUGGAAUCGGACCCAAUGAAGGGAAGCCCUACGUGUUUUACUUUGAUAUCCUGAAAUGUGCCACUGGUACCAACAUCAUGGCAGCUGCUCUGAACGGACUGCAGUGCCCAACUACCCAGGUGUGUGUGAACACUUGCCCCAACAGCUACUGGAUUGUUCCUCUGAGUGGAUAUUUUCCCGGUGCGAAUGCCAGAGACGUGUUCAGUGACAAGUACUGCAGCCCAGCCAUCGACCUGCAGACCACCAAACUGUCUGUGGAUCAAAUUCUAAGCAAAGAACUGUGUGCCAGAUUUUAUAUUCCCUCCACUCCAGUUUUUAAUCGGUGCAUCCCCAAAAUCGCUGACUUGCCGGGCAUCCCUUCUAAUUUCACCUUACCUGGGACUGCGACUGCCAACGAAACUGCCAGCAGCAUUAUGAGCGCCACCGGUGAUCUCUUUAUGGGGUUCAAUGCUAAAGCCUUGGGGGUGAAGAUUUUCGAAGACUUUGCCAAAUCCUGGUAUUGGAUUCUAAUUGGUCUGCUGAUCGCUAUGCUGGCCAGUCUGCUGUUCCUCUUGCUGCUGCGCUUUGUCGCUGGAGUCAUGGUCUGGGUUCUCAUUGUCGGGGUGAUUGGAGUCAUUGGCUAUGGUAUCUGGCACUGUUACUGGGAGUAUUCCAAUUACAAAGCGAAUAAUGCCUCCAUAUCGGCCAUCGGCUUCACCUCGGACGUCUCUGUCUUACUGCGGGUUCAGGAGACCUGGCUGGCUUUCUUGAUCAUCCUGGCUGUGUUGGAAGUGGUUCUGCUCCUGAGUCUAAUCUUUCUGAGGAAACGGAUUCUCAUCGCUAUCGCACUAAUCAAGGAAGCCAGCAAAGCAAUCGGUCACAUUAUGUGCUCGCUGCUCUAUCCCCUGGUCACCUUCGUCCUGCUGGUUAUCUGUGUGGCUUACUGGGGCAUCACUGCACUAUACCUGGCAACGUCGGGGGUGCCUCUGUACCGGGUGAUGGCACUUAACCACUCUCUGCCAAACUGUGCGAGCAUCAACGGGACUGAGCCCUGUGAUCCAUUGAGCUUCAAUGCAUCCUCGUCCCCCUGCGAGUCGGCGCGCUGCAUGUUCUUGAAGUACAACGAGGAGGGCCUUUUCCAGCAGAACCUCUUCAACCUGCAGAUCUACAACGUGCUGGGCUUCCUGUGGUGCAUGAACUUCGUCCUCGCCCUGGGCCAGUGCACCAUGGCCGGGGCAUUCGCCUCCUACUACUGGGCCUUCAGCAAGCCUGGGGACCUGCCCUACUUCCCCGUGGCCAGCAGCUUCCUCCGCACUUUGCGGUAUCACGUUGGUUCUCUGGCGUUCGGCUCACUCAUUUUGACCAUCGUCCAGUUUAUCCGCAUCAUUCUGGAGUAUCUCGACCACAAGUUCAAAGCUGCUCAGAACCCCUGCACUCGCUUCAUCAUGUGCUGUCUGAAGUGCUGCUUCUGGUGUCUGGAGAAAUUCAUCAAGUUCCUCAACAGAAAUGCCUACAUCAUGAUCGCCGUUUACGGGAAGAAUUUCUGCACCUCUGCUAAAAACGCUUUCUGCCUGUUAAUGAGGAACAUUGUCAGGGUGGUGGUGCUGGAUAAAGUGACGGACCUGCUGCUGCUGUUUGGAAAAUUAAUGGUGGUCGGGGGAGUGGGAGUCCUGGCGUUCUUUUUCUUCUCUGGUAGAAUUGAGAUGCCGGGAGAAACAUUCAGUGCCAGCUCACUGAACUACUAUUGGGUGCCGAUUAUAACAGUGGUUGUGGGGUCCUACAUGAUUGCUAAGGGUUUCUUCAGCGUGUACAGCAUGUGUGUGGACACCCUGUUCCUGUGCUUCUUGGAGGAUUUGGAGCGUAACGAUGGUUCUCAGGAGAAGCCGUACUACAUGCCCAAAUCUCUCAUGAAGAUCCUCAGCAAGAAGAACAAGCAGCCCAAACAAAACAAGAAGUGAGGACUCGCACACGCACACGCACACGCACACGCACUCACACUCACACUCACACUCACACUCACACUCACACUCGCCUCCUGAGUCCUCGCUUAGACCUAAACACCAGCAAAUGCACCACAAGCCUUUUAAACACACAGACCCAUCUUCAGAGGGGAAAUUACUUUCAGAAAAAUUGGAUACAUUUUAAGAGAAAGGAAUUGCUCAUUUGGUACUGGGUAGUUAUUGCUAAGUUUUGUAGUCGUCUAACUACAGGGAUUUCUUUAUCCUGAUCAAAAGAGUAUGUAGCUUCACAUUUCAUUUUCUUAGUUUUUAUCAUUCUGCGUGCUUCUUAUAGUAAUCAAAUACUCUAAGUCUGUGUUGCUCUGACAGAGUUUAGGAGCUGCUGUUCAGUUCUGGUUAUCUGCCAUAGACAUCUGUAAUGUAGGCUAGAUCAGCCAGAGUCUUUUAUAGAAAUAAGAGCCAGCGCCAUCCAGUGAUCUGCCCCUACAGUAUUUGAGUGACUGCAAUAAGAAGCACUUGGAACGAUUGCAAACAUCAUAAAGAAGUAAGGGGGACAGUGAAAAUAAAAAUGAAUAAAUUAGAAGCUACAUGGUCUUUAGAUACAGUAGAAGUACACAGAGCUUGCAUGCCAGUCCGCUGGCAGGGUAAUACCUGUAUGUACUUACACAGCACCUGAUGUGUGAGAAUGGAAGAGCUUGGUAGUUUUAGUUCAUUACAAUGGUCUGAUUUCUUUCUGAAAAUUUCAAAAAGACAAGCAUUUCCUCAAUCCAGCUUUUUAUCAGAUUUUUAUUGCUAAACUGUGACUGAAAAAUAUCCAGGAUUUGUUUUUAUUUUAACUUGUACAACACAGUCCUAAUAUACAGAAAUGAAGCAAUAGCAAACAUGGAACGUCAUUUUAAAACAGGCGGUGCUAUGCCAAGUUCUCUGUUUGCUUGCCUUAGUUUCAGGUCGGCUGUUACUGUUUUAUUUCCUGGGUCAACUUAAAAGUGUCUUUGGGGUUGCAAAGGCAUUCAAAGGGGGUGGAGCCAAUACACUCUCCCAAGUGAUCAAGGAAGUGCGAGACUCUGAAAGCAGCAGAGCUCGUGCAGACAGAUUCCUCUAACCUCACUGUGCACCACAUGCUUUCAAAUGAAUUCCAUGCUUGCUGUAGACCCUGACAGUAAGAUGCAGGGAAUUAUAGUUUGCUAUAAAAACACAGUUAAUAGACAAAAAGGUUUGACCACAUUUCUUCUUGGUGCUUAACUGCAAUUUUCACAAAUAACAAAAAGGAGCAUGCAGGGAAGUAAGGAUAGUGAUGGGGGCUACAUUUUAGAAAUACAUUUUAAGAAAAAAAAUUGUUUUAAAUACAAAAGGGGAUUAAUGAAGAAGUAACGCACUUUAUGGCUAGAGAAAAACAAAGCUGGAAAGACUUUGCUGUCUGUGUCGAUGGUGUAGGAAUGGAGAUCCAUGCUGAACACACAAGCCAGUUUCUGUGCCUCGUGAGAUCCAUGCUGAACACACAAGCCAGUUUCUGUGCCUCGUGAGAUCCAUGCUGAACACACAAGCCGGUUUCUGCCUCGUGAGAUCCAUGCUGAACACACAAGCCGGUUUCUGUGCCUCGUGAGAUCCAUGCUGAACACACAAGCCAGUUUCUGUGCCUCGUGAGAUCCAUGCUGAACACACAAGCCAGUUUCUGUGCCUCGUGAGAUCCAUGCUGAACACACAAGCCAGUUUCUGUGCCUCGUGAGAUCCAUGCUGAACACACAAGCCAGUUUCUGUGCCUCGUGAGAUCCAUGCUGAACACACAAGCCAGUUUCUGUGCCUCGUGAGAUCCAUGCUGAACACACAAGCAAGUUUCUGUGUCUCGUGAGAUCCAUGCUGAACACACAAGCCAGUUUCUGUGUCUCGUGAGAUCCAUGCUGAACACACAAGCCAGUUUCUGUGCCUCGUGAGAUCCAUGCUGAACACACAAGCCAGUUUCUGUGCCUCGUGAGAUCCAUGCUGAACACACAAGCCAGUUUCUGUGCCUCGUGAGAUCCAUGCUGAACACACAAGCCAGUUUCUGUGCCUCGUGAGAUCCAUGCUGAACACACAAGCCGGUUCCUGUGUCUCGUGAGAUCCAUGCUGAACACACAAGCCGGUUUCUGUGCCUCGUGAGAUCCAUGCUGAACACACAAGCCGGUUUCUGUGCCUCGUGAGAUCCAUGCUGAACACACAAGCCGGUUUCUGUGCCUCGUGAGAUCCAUGCUGAACACACAAGCCGGUUUCUGUGCCUCGUGAGAUCCAUGCUGAACACACAAGCCAGUUUCUGUGCCUCGUGAGAUCCAUGCUGAACACACAAGCCAGUUUCUGUGCCUCGUGAGAUCCAUGCUGAACACACAAGCCAGUUUCUGUGCCUCGUGAGAUCCAUGCUGAACACACAAGCCGGUUUCUGCCUCGUGAGAUCCAUGCUGAACACACAAGCCAGUUUCUGUGCCUCGUGAGAUCACGAAUGCACAAGGCCAAUGCUUUUGUCAUAAUGUUAGAAAUGUUUAUAAAAAAAAAAAAAAAGUUUGAGAAAUGAAAUUUGUGUGUAUUUUGUCUUUUUCUAUUUAAUAAGUAACGGCAAAGUGCCUGAUUUGUAAUACUUAUUUUUUUCCAAGAAGUUUAUAUUAUAUCUGUUCCUUUUUUAAUGUCAGAACACCUAAAUAUAACUAUUAUUUGCACCAUUUUUUUUAAAAAUGAAAACAAAAUUGUUACAAAACUAAAUGCUUGAUGAUAGUAAUAGCAACAUUAUCACUGUCCCCCUUUUAAAGGAGUGCUAGCCCAGGCUUCUUCAAAUCCAUUCUCUCAUCUCUGAUUAGUAAGAGCAACAUUAUCACUGCCCCCUGAAACACCAAACCCCGAGUUAGCAGUGAUGUGAAGGGGAGUCGUGGUAAUGGUGCCAAUGCUAAGAGAUUUAUUUUCAACACUGUGGAUCGUACUCUUUUAAAGAAGGGAAGGGAUAAUAUUAGUACCAGUGAUUAAGAAAAUUGAUUUUAAAACCUUGGUCAGACCAUGCAGCAUUACCAGAUUCAAUGCAAAUCCCAAUGCUGGUGAUGAAAAUGAAGGUAGCAUAAUGUUGAAUUGACAGCCCGCUCUCAAAAUGCUUUCAAUUUUUUAUACCAAAAGCACUUUUUUAGAAUGUUUUUUUGUGACUAAUACAUCAUAAAGGUGGAAGCUUGCUGUAAAAAAUGUAAACAUAGUUAAUGUAAGAAAGUCUAAGAGAUUAAAAUAUUUAAUUUAAACCAAA